UCCACACACACACACACUCUCUUUCUUUUUUCUUCUACACACACUGGACUGAAUCUCUUCCUUCUCUCUCUCUCCUCACCUCGUUUGACCGCUAGUCUUACUGAUAUACUGACAUUUCCUCCAUUUUCCUUUCUCUUUCCGGCAGCCUCUAAUUUGAGCUCUCUUUCUCUCUCAGUGAACUCAUUAAUGAGCUUGUUUAUGUAUCAACUCACUGCCCGUGAUAAGUUACUAGAUAUUAUUACGACUUCAGAACAGAAUACUCUCAUUUUUUAGAUCUCCAGUUCUUCAAGAUUCCCAUAAGCUUUCUGUGAUAUAUAUUAUGCUGAAAUGGAAAAACCCACCAGAAAUAGGAGCAUGCAGCUCUCAGUUAUAUUCAAGAUUUGAUUUUUAUCUUUACUUGAGGUGGUUUUCGUCGAGAGUGAUUGAAAACUAGCUGACGGGUUAUAUCUAUAUACCCCUCCGAAUUCAAGGAAACAUUCUUCUCCUUGGGAAAUGGCUGAGGCAGCUGACGGGAAAGCAAUGCCGGAGUCGGAGAAGAAGAAAGAGCAGAGCCUGCCGUUCUAUCAGCUUUUUUCAUUUGCAGAUAAAUAUGACAUUAUUCUGAUGAUAUCCGGAAGCCUUGGUGCUAUCAUUCACGGGUCUUCAAUGCCUGUUUUCUUUUUGCUUUUUGGUGAAAUGGUCAAUGGUUUUGGCAAAAACCAAAUGGAUUUGCACAAGAUGACCCAUGAAGUUGCCAAGUAUGCUCUGUAUUUCGUGUAUCUGGGAUUGGUGGUGUGCUUCUCAUCUUACGCAGAGAUUGCAUGUUGGAUGUACACUGGGGAGAGGCAAGUGGGUGCAUUGAGGAAGAAGUAUUUGGAAGCGGUAUUGAAACAGGACGUGGGAUUCUUUGAUACGGAUGCAAGAACUGGAGAUAUUGUUUUCAGUGUCUCCACAGAUACUCUGCUUGUACAAGAUGCCAUCAGCGAGAAGGUUGGUAAUUUCAUUCAUUAUCUUUCGACAUUUUUGGCGGGACUGGUGGUUGGUUUUGUGUCAGCAUGGAGGCUAGCUCUACUCAGUGUGGCUGUGAUUCCUGGAAUUGCCUUUGCUGGCGGUUUAUAUGCUUAUACUCUCACCGGACUCACCUCCAAAAGUCGUGAAUCAUAUGCAAAUGCUGGUAUAAUUGCUGAGCAGUCGAUUGCACAAGUUAGGACAGUAUACUCAUAUGUUGGUGAGAGCAAAGCCCUCAGUGCAUAUUCAGAUCUAAUACAAAAUACACUAAAGCUGGGAUAUAAGGCUGGAAUGGCUAAAGGGCUGGGAUUAGGAUGUACUUAUGGUAUAGCAUGCAUGUCAUGGGCUCUUGUUUUCUGGUACGCGGGUGUUUUCAUCAGAAAUGGACAAACAGAUGGUGGGAAGGCAUUUACUGCUAUUUUCUCUGCCAUUGUCGGUGGCAUGAGCUUAGGUCAGUCAUUUUCUAAUCUUGGGGCAUUCAGCAAAGGUAAAGCUGCUGGAUACAAGUUGAUGGAAAUCAUCAAGCAAAAACCAACAAUAGUUCAAGAUGCAUCAUCAGAUGCAAAGUGCCUGGCUGAUGUCCAUGGAAACAUUGAGUUCAAAAAUGUAACUUUUAGCUAUCCAUCUAGACCUGAUGUCAUCAUCUUCAGAGAUUUUUCCAUCUUCUUCCCUGCUGGAAAAACUGUUGCCGUAGUAGGUGGUAGUGGUUCUGGAAAAAGCACUGUCGUCUCAUUGAUAGAAAGAUUUUAUGAUCCUAAUCAGGGAGAAAUUUUGCUAGACAAUGUUGAUAUAAAGACACUGCAGCUGAGAUGGUUGCGCAAUCAGAUUGGUCUGGUGAACCAAGAGCCUGCACUCUUUGCGACCACGAUACUUGAGAACAUUCUCUAUGGAAAGCCUGAUGCAACCAUGGCGGAAGUGGAAGCUGCCGCCUCUGCUGCUAAUGCUCAUAGCUUUAUCACCUUGCUUCCUAUCGGAUACAACACUCAGGUUGGAGAACGUGGUGUCCAACUGUCUGGUGGCCAGAAGCAGAGAAUAGCUAUCGCAAGAGCUAUGCUGAAGAACCCGAAGAUACUUCUUCUUGAUGAAGCAACUAGUGCCCUAGAUGCAAGUUCGGAAAGCAUCGUUCAGGAGGCUCUAGAUCGCCUGAUGGUUGGGAGAACUACAGUAGUUGUAGCACAUCGGCUAUCAACAAUAAGAAAUGUUGAUUGCAUUGCAGUUAUACAGCAAGGACAAGUUGUUGAAACUGGAACACAUGAAGAACUAAUUGCCAAAGCCGGUGCAUAUGCAUCCUUAAUCAGAUUCCAGGAAAUGAUAGGGAAUAGAGAUCUUUCAAAUCCUUCGACUCGUCGUACACGCUCAUCACGCCUUAGUCAUUCAUUAUCGACAAAGUCUCUUAGCCUCCGUUCUGGGAGUUUGAGAAACUUGAGCUAUUCUUACAGCACAGGUGCUGAUGGUCGAUUGGAGAUGGUAUCAAACGCUGAAACAGAUAGAAAAAAUCCAGCCCCCGCUGGUUACUUCUGCCGGCUUCUUAAACUAAAUGCUCCUGAAUGGCCUUAUUCAAUCAUGGGAGCCAUAGGAUCUAUUCUUUCUGGGUUCAUUGGCCCAACCUUUGCCAUUGUGAUGAGUAAUAUGAUUGAGGUAUUCUACUACCGAAAUCCUGCUGCCAUGGAGCGAAAGACGAAGGAGUAUGUUUUCAUUUAUAUUGGAGCUGGUCUUUAUGCUGUUGUUGCAUAUCUGAUUCAGCACUACUUCUUCAGUAUCAUGGGCGAGAACCUUACCACAAGAGUUAGAAGAAUGAUGCUUGCAGCAAUUUUGAGGAAUGAAGUCGGAUGGUUCGAUGAGGAAGAGAACAAUUCAAGCCUCCUUGCAGCCCGCCUGGCUACCGAUGCUGCGGACGUAAAAUCAGCUAUUGCCGAGAGGAUAUCCGUGAUACUGCAGAACAUGACUUCCCUUCUCACUUCUUUCAUAGUUGCUUUCAUAGUUGAGUGGAGGGUUUCACUGCUUAUACUGGCUACCUUCCCUCUUCUUGUCCUCGCAAACUUUGCUCAGCAACUCUCUCUCAAAGGGUUUGCAGGAGACACGGCUAAGGCUCAUGCAAAAACUAGCAUGAUAGCAGGGGAAGGAGUGAGCAACAUUAGAACUGUAGCAGCAUUCAACGCUCAAGAUAAAAUCCUCUCAUUGUUUUGCCAUGAACUCCGUGUCCCCCAACGUCGAAGUCUCUGCCGCAGCCAAUGUUCCGGUUUUCUAUUUGGUCUCUCGCAGCUUGCUCUUUAUGCAUCUGAGGCCUUUAUUCUCUGGUACGGUGCCCACCUCGUCAGCAAAGGUGCUUCGACGUUCUCAAAGGUCAUUAAGGUGUUUGUAGUCUUAGUCAUCACAGCAAAUUCAGUUGCUGAAACAGUAAGCCUCGCUCCUGAAAUUAUUAGGGGUGGAGAAGCUGUUGGCUCAGUAUUCUCAAUUCUUGAUCGGCCCACAAGGAUCGACCCUGAUGAACCUGAAGCAGAGCCUGUUGAAUCAAUUCGUGGUGAGAUUGAGCUACGUCAUGUGGACUUUGCUUACCCAUCACGGCCGGAUGUAAUGGUGUUUAAGGACUUCAGCCUAAGAAUUCGAGCAGGGCAGAGCCAAGCCCUAGUUGGUGCCAGCGGAUCAGGGAAGAGCUCCGUUAUAGUGCUGAUAGAAAGAUUUUAUGAUCCUAUUGCUGGAAAAGUUAUGAUAGAUGGAAAAGACAUUAGGAGAUUGAACUUGAAGUCUCUUCGGCUGAAAAUCGGUUUGGUCCAGCAAGAGCCCGCACUCUUUGCAGCCAGCAUUUUUGACAACAUUGCUUAUGGGAAAGAUGGGGCGACUGAAGCCGAGGUAAUAGAAGCAGCAAGAGCAGCAAACGUGCACACAUUUGUCAGCGGAUUGCCCGAGGGAUACAAAACCACAGUUGGUGAAAGAGGCGUUCAACUAUCAGGAGGGCAAAAACAACGCAUUGCAAUUGCACGGGCCGUUCUUAAGGACCCAUCAAUCCUUCUACUCGAUGAGGCAACAAGCGCCCUCGACGCGGAAUCAGAAUGCGUGCUACAAGAAGCACUAGAAAGGCUAAUGAGAGGGCGGACCACCGUUCUCAUAGCCCACCGAUUAUCCACCAUACGCGGGGUCAACAGCAUUGGUGUGGUUCAAGAUGGACGCAUUGUGGAACAAGGGAGCCACGGCGAGCUAAUCAGCCGGCCGGAGGGCGCGUAUUCGAGGCUAUUGCAACUGCAACAUCAUCGUGUAUGAAGAAUGAUAAUAUGAUAAAGAAAAAAGAUCAGUAUGGGCCCAUUAACCAUUGUUUUGAUAUCUUUUUGUAUGAUGGUGAUAGUUGUAGAUAUUGGGAUGGGAAGACCAUAAUUCAGCGUGUUGACUCCAUUCCCAGUGGAGAUUUGUGUGCUAAAAAUAUAUAAUAACUUGGAUGCAUGAUCGUGAGCAUGACGCUGUGUUUAUCAUCUUCUGGGCUCGAGGGGACAUUGAUUACCUUCUCU